AUGGAAUACAGCCCGCUGAAGAGUCCAGGCAGACAAUUUGCAUUUUACAAUGAAAAUGAAGUCUGCAAACAAGAUUUCUUUAUUAAAUCACCACCUCCCGGGCUCUUCACUUCUAUAACGUCAUGGAAGAAGCGGUUUUUUGUUCUGUCCAAGAAUAAGAAUAACAUCUACUGUCUUUCCUAUUACAAAGACCAUCAUCACCGAGGCCUGAUUGAAAUCGAUGGGAAUUCCAUUAUAGAAGUUGGCAUAAGUAAUGAGGAGAAACUGCAGUCUGUACAGAAGAUGUUCCAUUGCCAGCCUGAGGAGGUGAUGUCCCUCAGAACCACCAGGAGGGACUACUACCUCAUUAACCACGACAGGGAGAAGAUUAAAGAGUGGGUCUCCUUUAUGUCAACCCUAAGCCGCUGGGAAUUAAAAGCAGCAUUCCAGAAUACAGAGGUGACUAUAGCAAAUAAAAUAGCAGGUGUUCCCCAAGACAAGGCUCGUCAGUCUGCUGGCAGCCAAGAGGAGACCCAGAGCCUUCCAGAGACUCGACCUGAGCCGUCUCACCCGCAAGAAGAAGGUUCAGGAAGAGAUGUGCAUCUGUGCCCUCCCAGUCCGGAAGCAGAGACGAUGAAUGACAUAAAGGGGUCAGCCUCGCCAACUGUGGUGCAGUUGUCAAUACUGAUCAAUAACAUCACCGAUGAGAGCAAAGUGGAGAGACUGAAUGUGAGCCUUUCUGUUGCUGACAUCACCAAUUUUCUUUCUUUUGUCGAAGCUGCAGGACGGAUAUGUGUGGCUCGGUGGGAAGGCCCCGCGCACAUGGGAUGCAUCUUUUUCCACGGAGAUCACCUGUUGGCUGUGAAUGACCUGGUCCCCAAGAACCUGGAGGAAGUGUUUCUGUUUCUCAGUCGGUGUGUCCAGAAGGCGAAAGUUAAACUCACCAUUGGACGGAUCCAGAACUCAGAGAAAUUCCAUGCUCAGUCCUGCACCUGCCCCCUGAAAAACAAGGCUGUUGUACCUCUUGAACUGGACAAACCUCGGCAGCCCAGGCUUCCUCGGAGGAACCCAGCCAUUCGAAAGAGUUCUAGCAAAGAAUCUGACGCCUAG